AUGAUAGCCUUAGAACUCCGUGCGCGCAGCUUCUUUCUGCAGUGCAGAACAUCGGCACGUUCAAGGCCGGCGCAGCUGACUCGAGCGACGGGAACCUCAAGACACCGUCCAUUUACAUCAUGUCCCCAGCAGAGACAAAAUGACAAGCCAUACUAUGUCACCUCCCCAAUCUUCUAUGUUAACGCAGCACCUCAUGCUGGCCACCUCUACACCCUCAUCCUGACCGAUAUCCUAAAACGUUGGAACCGUCUUCUCGGUGAUAAGCGAGCCACCCUACUGACUGGGACGGAUGAGCAUGGCAUGAAAAUCCAAAAGGCCGCCCAGAAAGCACAAACCGAUGUUAAACGCUUCUGUGACCAGCACGCUCAGCAGUUCAAGAACCUCUGUGGAGCUGCCAAUAUUGACUACAACCGGUUCAUUCGCACCACAGACGCUGACCACAAGACCACAGUUGAGCAUUUCUGGACCGAAUUGAGCCACAAUGGUUAUAUCUACGAGGCCAAGCAUGAGGGCUGGUAUUCUGUCAGUGACGAAACAUUCUACCCUGAAACACAGGUCAGCCGUGUCCUCGAUCCCUCCAGUGGCAUUACCACAACGGUUUCAACAGAAACUGGAAAGGAGGUUGAGUGGACUUCAGAGACCAACUACCACUUCAGGUUGUCACAAUUCCAGGGGAAGCUUUUGGACUACUAUAGAUCGAAGCCUAACACAAUUGUACCACAACAGCGGAUGAACUUCAUCAUCGGUGAAAUUGAGAACGGCCUUAAAGAUCUAUCUAUCUCCCGACCUUCAUCUCGAUUGACCUGGGGUAUCCGAGUCCCUGGGGACGACAGCCAGACUAUCUAUGUCUGGUUGGACGCCCUCCUCAAUUACAUCACCAUGGCGGGCUACCCCUUCAAAGAAAAUCCCAGUCCUGACUCGCUCUGGCCCCCAAACUGCCAGGUUAUCGGGAAGGAUAUCAUCCGCUUCCAUACCAUCUAUUGGCCGGCUUUCUUGAUGGCUUUGGAUCUCCCCAUCACCCAACGUUUCCUGACACAUGCCCAUUGGACCAUGAAUUCCGAAAAAAUGUCGAAGUCAUCCGGUAAUGGGGUCAACCCCUUUUUUGCUAUUGACCGCUAUGGUGUUGAUGCCAUUCGCUUCUACAUGGCCCACGAAGGCGGCAUUGUCGAUGAUGCCAGUUAUGAAAAUUCAUACAUCGCACGCACCUACAACACUAUACUCAAGAACCAGUACGGAAAUUUACUACAAAGAGUUUUCAAAAGCAAAAAGGUCGACACGCGCCAAACAAUCAGGUGGGCCUCGCAAGAAGAAGACCUACAACAGUACAUUCAAAGCCCUGACCAGCUGAACUUGAAGGUCUUUGGAUCCGGAGUUGUUCUCGCUGACAUCAAACAACAAUACGAACUGAUCCAGAAGCUGGCCGAGGAGGUAAAAGCGUCCAUGGACAUUCCCAACCCUCGCAGUGCAGUCCAGGCGAUCUCGGAAACGAUCAGACGCACCAAUAAAUUCUUCCACGAGGCGCAGCUUUGGGACCUGCUCCAUUCUGAGAGCGCCGAAGAGAAAUUGGUAGCCCACUACAGUCUGUACAUCACCACUGAGACCCUUCGAAUUAUCUCCAUCCUUCUGCAGCCUUUCAUACCUGAAAAGGCAAAGGCGGCCCUGGAUAUGAUGAAUGUCGACGAAUCCUGGAGGACAUUUGCAGAUGCACGUGUCGGGGCUGAUUUUCUCUACGGGACUGAUGCGUACAAAACAGAGAACCGUUCGCCACCUUUAUUCCCUGCACUGUUGUCUUUAGAUUGA